AUGAAUCAGGUAAAUAUUUUCUUGAGGUUGAAUGUUUUUAACAGUUUGAGUAAAUGCUCUUCAAAGCUUCAAGUACUGGGUCAAAUGCACUUUUCCUUUAAAGGAAAAGUCUCACCCUUUCUCUUUUUAUCUGUGAAAGUGGUGUGGACGCUAUUUGAAGUAGCUACUACCUUUUUUUCCUUUUUUGUUUUCUUGAAAGAAAAGUGGGAAGCCAUGAAAAUGUGGGAAGACCAUGUUCAGAGGGUCUUUUCUCUUGAGAAAGCAUCUGUAGUCCAAUCACAAGCCUUCAGGUUCCCACCUAUGUAA